ACUCCAGGCAUCUCGGCAUCUCGAUCACCCUCCUGGCAUUAACUUCAACCGCUUCAACUAUCACAUGAGAAGUGAAAGAAGUUGUGCAAAGACGCACUGUUCUAUUUGCUGCAUGUGCCCAUCCCUUUGUCGCAGGGAAGAUCGUGAAAAUGAGCGAUCCCAGCGCAGAGGCCCUUGCUCAUUUCGGGUUCUCCCUCUUCACCUCGGUGGCCAGAGACCGCAUCGAUCACACUACGAUGGUCUGCCCAGCCGCAGUGGCCGCGCAGUUGUGUACCUUACAGAUGGCUGUUUCGGGGGAGACCAAGGCCGAGCUGCUCUCAACACCUGUCCUGCAUGGGCAGAUAUCGUACUUACAAGCGGCCACUGUCAAACUGCUCGUACAGUUUGGAAAACCCAGCUCCAACUUUCAAGCGUUUCUGGUGCACAGGGUGUAUAUUGACAGAACAGUGCAGCUCGUUGAAGGCUGGAGCAACGCUGUAGAGACCAUGUUCAAGUGCGGAGUCGAACCGGCUGCUUUUCGAGGGGAUCCAGAGGCUGUUGCCGCCAGUGCCAACGCAUGGAUUGCUCAGGCGACAGACGGACAUCUGACUACCAUCGUACCACCGGGCACGAUCGACACGUCGGAGAAGGUUAUGUUGGUCUCCGCGUUUUACUUCAAGAGCCCAACGGAACAUGCCUUUCAGUCUAUUGGGUUGGCGACCUACUGUCCCAAGGCGUCCGUUCGUCUGGAAGUAGACAUGAUAGGUGCCACUGGGGAAUUCAUGUAUGCAGAGUUGACGUCGCCUGCCUCUGGAAAAGCGCUCGUCAUCCCAUUCCGGCACUGCGAGGUCUCUCUUCUGCUCUUACUGCCCGACCGACAUUCGUUCGUUAAUGACUACCGAGCAGGACUCACUCCUAGCUUCUUGAAAGAAGUCCUGGACAAACUAACAAGAAAACAAGUUCACGUGGAGCUGCCGAGGACAACAUUUACGCAGGAGAUUAACUUGAACCGUUCACUCAUCACAUUAGGAGUGAAGCAUGCAUUCAUGGAGAGUGCCGACUUUAGUGCUGCCGUUCAAGUCGGUGCAUUACGCCUCACGAAUGUCAUGCAAAAGGUUGUCUUCGUAUUGCAAGAAAACCCCGGUACAAAGCCAUUGGAGCUCCCAUCUGCUCCACUGGACUUCCUGGUGUGUCGGCCUUUCCUGUUGGUUCUUUACAGGCCGAGCGACAACUACAUCCUCCUCUUGGGAGCCGUGAAGGACAUUCCGAAAUAAAGGAACGUUACACCGCACA